CUCGCCAAAGAAAACGGUUGCAGAAUUGCAGAGCUUGGAGGUGCCUCCAAGAGCUGUGAUUCGAUUGAGUGAAUGCUUUUGUCAAUUUCUCUUGUAAAACCUAGACAGGAAAACCAAACUCCUAGCGCUUGCUGAAGCUUGAAGAGGAGAAUAUCGAAGCCUCCUGGGUCAGACCAAGUUUUCACAUUCUACAAUCUCUCAGUCCCCGCUAAGUCAGACCUGCUCUGGUGAAAAGGAUUCUGACAGGAGACACUGAACCUCCUGUUGCACGUCAAUUAUUCUGCAUAGAAUUCCGCUCCCUAAGGGCGUGCGUGGAGGGUUUGACCCCAGAAGAAGAACGAUGGAUAAUAUUCUGCAGAGUAAUUCAGACCUUGCCCUCUCCCUAAAUGAAUCCUCCAACAGCUCAGAACCCAACCAGUUUGUGCAACCGGCCUGGCAGAUCGUUCUCUGGGCAGCUGCCUACUCUGUUAUUGUGGUGACCUCCGUGGUGGGCAAUGUGGUGGUGAUGUGGAUCAUCUUAGCCCACAAGAGGAUGCGGACAGUGACCAACUACUUCCUGGUGAACUUGGCCUUCGCAGAAGCUUCUAUGGCCGCCUUCAAUACGGUAGUGAACUUCACCUAUGCCAUCCACAACGAGUGGUACUACGGACUGUUUUAUUGCAAGUUUCACAACUUCUUCCCGAUUGCUGCUGUCUUCGCUAGCAUCUACUCCAUGACCGCUGUCGCCUUCGAUAGGUACAUGGCAAUUAUCCACCCCCUCCAGCCUCGGCUGUCAGCUACUGCCACCAAAGUGGUCAUCUGUGUCAUCUGGUCCUUGGCUCUCCUGCUUGCCUUCCCCCAGGGGUACUACUCCACUACAGAAGACAUGCCCAACCGAGUGGUGUGCAUGAUUGAAUGGCCGGAACAUCCCAGCAGGGCUUAUGAGAAAGUGUACCACAUCUGUGUGACUGUGUUGAUCUACUUCCUCCCUCUGUUGGUGAUUGGUUACGCAUACACUGUGGUGGGGAUCACCCUCUGGGCGAGUGAGAUUCCUGGGGACUCCUCUGACCGUUAUCAUGAGCAAGUAUCUGCCAAGCGUAAGGUAGUCAAGAUGAUGAUUGUGGUGGUCUGCACAUUUGCCAUCUGCUGGCUACCCUUCCACAUCUUCUUUCUCCUGCCCUACAUCAAUCCGGACCUUUAUAUGGAGAAGUUCAUCCAACAAGUCUACCUGGCCAUCAUGUGGCUGGCCAUGAGCUCCACGAUGUACAACCCCAUCAUCUACUGCUGCCUCAAUGACAGAUUUCGCAUUGGCUUUAAGCAUGCCUUCCGAUGCUGUCCGUUCAUCAAUGCUACAGAAUAUGAGGGUCUUGAAAUGAAGUCAACUCGUUAUCUGCAAACCCAAGGCAGCAUGUAUAAGGUCAACAGAAUUGAGACCACUGUCUCUUCAGUUGUUGGGGUCAAUGAGGAUGAGCUGGAAGAUGGCUCUAAGGCCAAACGCCUAUCCCUAGACCUCACUUCCAAUGGUUCCUCACGAAGUAAUUCCAAGACCAUGUCUGAAAGCUUCAGCUGCUACUCCAACACUCUCUCCUAAACCUGGACCAAAUGAGGCAGCUAGCCAAAAAUUGCUGCCUUCCACCUUCACCCCAGGCCUUCAUGAGCACAUUCCUCAAGGUGUACCCAUGUCACUGUCUUUUUUUUUAAAUUAUUAUUUCUUUUCAGACAGGCAUGACAUUCAUGAGCUGGAAGGCAUCAGACAUUUCCCAAGGAUGGGGCCUGUGGAAAGUAAUGGUGUGAGGAACUGAAAGAUCACUGGAUCUGGGAACCUGGUUCUAGUCCAUUUUCUGCCCCUAAUAGGUUACGUGGCCUUAGGAACAUCAUUUAAUCCUGUGAGCCUCAGUUCCCUGCUCCAUUCAAUAAGAUGGUUAGGUGAAACAUCCUCUAACAUCCCUUGCAGAUGUAAGAUUUUAUAUAGGAGCUAAUGAAUAAACACUGAAGAAAACACAGGUGGCAGAGAGAGAUGAUAAAUCACUCCCCUAUGUUCAGUCUCAAACAUCACAUGAAAUUGUCCCUCCUUCCGACAACAACUGACUCAAUGCUACUUUUUACUCAAAGGGGUCAGCGUGUAAAGGAACAUUUUAGAUGCCAGAAAUGGUGAUCGUAAUGGAGAACAUGAAUGUCUACACCAGUUACUAAUAGCCCAUCAGUUCAACAAAUUCAGCUAGCCUUGACAUCAUUGGCUUCUUCUAUGAUACCUUUUCUGGGUCACGGCCUCCAAUCAACUUCAGCAGGAUUGAUCCAUUAGCACAAUCUAACCUCUGUCAAGAACCAGGAGUCAAGAAGCCAGAUUUUACUGCAAACUGAGUAAUCUCAGGCAGAUCACUUCUCUCCGGGCCUCAGUUGCCUCCUUUGUGAAAUGAAAGGGAGUUGAAUUAGUCGGUCUAUAAGAUCGUAUCUGGGUCUCACGUUGUAUUUUCUAAGUUAUCAACAGCUCUCAUGAUUUUGUGAUCCAGUGGCCCAACCUAUUCAAAAACACCUGAUAAACUGUGUUGUCUUGGAUAAAUCUUUUCACUUCUCUGGACUUCAGCUUCCACCCCUCUAUAACGAAACAGAGUUGGGAUUAAAUGGCCUAUCUGAUCUUUUCCAACACUGACCUUCUGUUCCAUGUCCAGAAUAUUCUAGAUUCUAAGGUACA